CCCCUCUUCCUUUUGAAGACCCAAAUCACCAUCUCAACCAGCUUCCCAAAAUUUAAAAACAAAACUAAACAUUGGAUUAUCUUUGGUUUGCAAAUGUUUGAAAUUUGGUUUGCAAAUGUUUCAGGUAAUCGUGGGCAUUAGAGCCAUAAAUCCUUGUGAUGUCAAUGCUGUUGCUCCAGCUUGACAGGCAGAGAAAAACCUUUGAUCCUGUUUUAAUUGCUUGGGAGGAAAUUUUUUAAAAAGAGUGCAGGGAAGAGAGAGAGAGAGGCUAUUUGCUGAGCUGGGAUUUUUUUUUUUCUUUCUUUCUUUCUUUUUUUUUUUUUUUGCUUUCUGCUUUUCCUCCUUAGCUCCUCCUCGGCCCUCCUUCCUCCUUCCUUCCUUCCUUCUUUCCUCCGAAAAAUGGCAGCCACAAAGGCGUUUGCAAAAAUCCCCCUGCUGAAAAGAUCUCCUGCUGGACAGAAGAUCCUCAGGCAUAAGAUCCCUGUGUCCUUCGCUCCUUUUUCUGCAUGGACAGAAGAUCUCCUUCAAAACAUGGACCAGCGCGAAGCUUGGGACCGCUUCUACGCCCGGAGGGAGAAAAACGGAUCUCCCCAUCCAUUCGACUGGUUCUUUGGCUACAAAGAGAUCUCAACGCUUCUCGGCUCCGUUCUUAGGGGGCUACCCCCUGGUCGGGCCCGGGUCUUAGACGUCGGCUGCGGUACUUCAUCCUUGGGCUUGGAGCUCUACCAACGCUCACCCGUUCAGCUUCAUGUCUCUUGUCUGGACUUUUCAUCCGCAGCCAUCCAAUGUCUCACUCGGAUGCUGCAGGAUAGCCCCCCGCCAUGCCACCCGCUCUCCAAGCUGGAGUGCCACCUGGGCGACGCCACCGAACUGUCCCGCCUCUUCACUUUGGGGUCUUUCCACUUGCUUCUCGACAAAGGGACCUGUGAUUCGGUCCUGCGGGGAUGCCCGCAGCGAGCGAGACGCUUAGUGUCCGAGUGUCUACGGGUCCUGAGGCCGGAGGGAUGUCUCAUCCAGAUCUCCGACGAGGAUCCAGACGCCAGGGUGCCAUUCCUGGAAACAGCCGGUGGGGCCAACAUCAACAUCGGGGAAAUUGCCAGUGUUAACGGCAUCUCGUAUUAUGCUUACACACUCCGCCCCAAAGCUUCAGACCCUGUUCUGACCUAGGCUCCCUUAAAAAUCAGGAAGCAGAGUCUUGGUCCUGGCAAAACCUCUUUUAUUUACACGACUGUGAAUUCCUUUCAUUCACAGUCAGCAAGGCCUGUCCAAACAGUCUUUCAGAGGAAUAUUCAUCAACACAGACCUUAUCUCGUUUGGCAAGCUGCCACGUAACUAGUUUCCAAACGCAGUACAAGGCCAAAGUCUCUCAGAGUCACGGAACAAGCGAAUUGUUUCCUCCAAAAGCCCCCUCCCCGUUUGCUCCCCUUUUGUUUCCUAUGGGAGAGGCCAAUCACCUCCGAGGUGUAGCUUUACUCCCAAGUCGGCCCUGCUUUCUGAAUUGUUCUUGUCUUCUGGCAGCUCUGCGCAUGCGCACACUGGGAACGGGCUCCAGCUGUUCCUCUGCCUUGCUACUAUCUCUCUCUCUCUCUCUGCCUCCGACGCAGAGCCCUCGUCCAAGCUUUCCCCAGCUCCCCCAGGACUGGCCCAUGUUCCUCCCCAACCUCCUCAUUGUCCGACUCUGCUGCCAGCUCUGCUGGCCGCCAGACCCAUCAGAUGUGGGGCAGCCCACCAAGUCUCCGAUGAACCCAUCGGAGACAGACGUUAACUACAAUACCCAUAUAUCUUAUAUCAUACACUCCAGUCGUUUAGAGGUGGUUAAAUUUUAUUGUUUAUUUCCUCGAUCUGGACUCUCAGAUUUCCCCUUUUGCAAAGCAAAGCCACAAACACAAGCAAUUCUUUUAUUUAUUUUAUGCGUUCAGCUUUCGUGGAACAAGCCACGAUUGGCUUGCUUUGGGCAGACUACGAAGCCGUAAAAAGCUAGUUUCCGGACAGCAGGAAACGACCAAGUCAACAGAACGGUUAGUGGAAUUCUGGAAUUUCAAAGACAAAUAUUGGCCACCGUUCUAUACUUGAGGACGGUGUGAUGUGAUUUAUUUUUAAAAUGUGAUGUGAUUUAUUUAAAAAAAAAACCUGCCAUCUCUUGA